UCUCUCUUUCCUUUCUUUCCCUGCUAAUUGCUACCUCAUCUAUCCCUUCCACCUCACUCUCACUGAUCUUGUCUCUCUUUCUCUUUCUCUCUCUCUCACCUGUUAUUAGUCUUGGCUAGCUUUCUUCUCUUCUGAUUCCCUCCACUAUCUCUCCAACUUUGGCCACAUACACCACAAACAAAAUACAAGGUAGCUAGCUAUAGCUGCAGAAGAGAAGGGAAAGCAAUCAGGCAUCAGCAGCUAGGGAGAGAGAGAAAAGAAAAACACAAGGCCUUGCCAAACCCUAGCACUUUAAUUCUCUAUCUUCUCUCCAGAGUCACCAGACCUCAGCUCAGCUCAGCUCAGCAUCACUUGCUACCCACCACCAUGAUCUUCCCCCCUGCCUUCCUGGAUUCCUCGAGCUGGAAUGAUAACAACAACAACAACCACAACCAGCAGCAGCAGCAGCAACAUGCUCACGGCCACCACCAGCAUCAUCAGGUCGCCGCCGGUUGUGGAGGCGGCGGCGGCGGCGGCGACGGCAAUAGCCAUGAGCUUCUGCAGCAGCAGUCAAUGAUUCCGGGCACGCUUGCCGAUGGCGGCGGCGGAGGCGGCGCGGUGGGGCCGGCGAAGCCGAUGUCGAUGUCGGAGAGGGCGCGGCUGGCGAGGAUCCCGCUGCCGGAGCCGGGGCUCAAGUGCCCGCGCUGCGACUCCACCAACACCAAGUUCUGCUACUUCAACAACUACUCCCUCUCCCAGCCCCGCCACUUCUGCCGCGCCUGCCGCCGCUACUGGACCCGCGGCGGCGCGCUCCGCAACGUCCCCGUCGGCGGCGGCUACCGCCGCCACGCCAAGCGCGCCAAGCCCAAGCCGGCGUCCGCGGCGGGCUCCGCCUCAGCCGCCACCACCACCGCCGGCUCGACGCCAGCGGGGUCGACGACGACGACGACGACGUCCUCCACCUGCGCCACGCCCAACGCGCCCGCCCUCCCGGCGAUGCUGGGCGGCAACCUCUCCAUCCUGCCGCCGCUGCUCCGCCUCGCCGACUUCGACGCCAUGAGCCUCGGCUCCACCUUCUCUGGCAUGGCGGCGGCCGCCGGCAAGCCACCGCCCGUCGACGCGGCCGGCUGCUACUCCGUCGGCGCCGCCACCGGCCUCGAGCAAUGGAGACUACAGCAGAUGCAGAGCUUCCCGUUCUUCCACGCCAUGGAUCACCAGGCGGCGAUGGCGGCGCCACCGCCGGCAAUGGCAAUGCCGGGGAUGUUCCAGCUAGGCCUAGACGGCGACGGCCAUGGCAGCGGCGGCGGCGAAGACGGUGGAGAGCUCCACCAUGCGAUGCCAUCAUCGAAGAGAGAAGGCUACCCAAGGGGCAUGUAUGGCGAUCAUCACCUCGCUGGAGGAUACACCUCCUACUCCAGUGCAACCACAGGUAACCAUCUCUUGUAAUGAUCGAGAGCUAGCCUAUAACUAAUCACAAUCUAGCUAGCUAAUGGCAGAGAUCUGCAAAUAUAAUGCAGACUCUCUACGAUUAGCUAGCUAGAUAUAUAUUCAUAAUAGGGCGUGUGAUCGAUCAUAUCGAUGGUGAUGGUGAUGGUGGUGUGAGAUAUAGAACCAAAUUAAGUUUAAGGAUGGUUGAUCUCGAUCGAUCGAGAUCGAGAUCGAGGCAUUUGCAUUUUUUGCACUUGCAAUUAGGUGAUGUGUCCCAAUGAAGACUGGAGGAGUGUGUGUUUAAUUUUGAUCAUGCAAAAGUAGUACUAGUAUUUUCUAGCUAGUUUAGCUUUGCAUGCAUGAUCUAAUCUCACUUGAUGUGUUUCUUCUUCUUCUUCUUUUCUUUUAAAUGUUAGGGUUUUUUUUUCUCUCUCGUGCAUUUGGGGCCACGUACGUUAUGUGUACCACUACUGUUGUUCAUUUUGUUAAUGGAAACUCCUAUUAUAUGUCAAUUAAUUCUCCUAUA